GUUUUGUUGAAGUAUAAUAAUGAGUAAAAGUAAAGUUAUUAGAAACCCUCUGAAGGCUUUUAAGAAAAGGAGAAAUGUUGGAAAGCCAAAGGUAUGUGUUAUUACUGUAAACAAUAAAGACGAUGAAAAUGCCCAACAUAGCUUGUGUCCCAAAGAAGAAGACAGUUGGUGUAAAUAUAACAAAGGAUUGCUAACUGGUGAAGUGUACACUCAUAAGCAUAGUCUGCCUCAUGCAAUAAUGGAGGUGAUAAAACCUAUUUUCAGAGACUUAGCAGCACCUGAACUGUUGAAAAAGUGUAUUCACGGAAAAACUCAAAACCCCAAUGAAAGUGUAAAUAGUGUUAUAUGGUCGAGAAUCCCCAAGACUGUAUUUGUUGGAAUAGAAACACUUCACUUUGGUGUGUAUGAUGCUGUUGCGACUUUCAAUGAUGGCAACAUUGUAAGGUGCAAGGUAUUUAGAAAUAUGGGAAUGAAGAUAGGUUCUAACAUGGUACGAGCAAUGCUUGCUUUAGACAAGGAACGCCUUCGGGCUGCAGACAGGGCUGUAAAGAGUCUAGAAAUACAAGCAAGAGUAAACAGGAGGAGGAACAAGAGGAAGCUGGAGGAGGAGUUUGCAGAGGAUGAAGAUAAUCCAUCCUAUGGACCUGGAAUGCACUAAAAAGUUAAUCCAAUCUUUGUCGCUCGAUUCCCAAAACUUUUAUUUUCUCAUACUAAUUACAUGUUUUCUAAGGAUCUUCCAAACAUAUU